AUGCCGGACGUGUUCGACGAGCCGCCGGAUGUAAGAGCCAGCAAGAAGCUCGCCGGCGAUAUCGGUACAGGAGUGACGAAGGAGAAACGGAGAAGCCUGCUCGGCAUCUCAACUUCCCUCCGGACCAAGAAGUUUAUCAGCAGCCAGCCGCUUGUGGAAAAGCCCGCAGUCACAUACGAGGAAACCGUCCAGUCGAAGCGUCCAUCCCAGCACAAGCUUGCCAAAUCAGUCGAUCUAUCAUCCGUACACCUACGACCACCUAGUCCCCCACGUCCAGCAUCCAGCUCAGGAGUUACAACUGUUGACACCAGAACGACUUCUGGGAACAUCGGCGUCGCCAUCGACGAAGAAGACAACCAUCCCGGCACGUUAAUCGAUCUCGACGACUCCGAGAUGAAUCCCAAAGGCCUUCGACGCGUGGCGUCAGAGAUGAGCUUGAGAAUGUCUCCCCCGAGACGCAUGUUUUCUCAUCAGUCUGAGGUAUCUGAAUGUAGCGUCUCCACCCCUAGCGUUGGUGGAAGCCCCACAAAGCCCGGCUGUGAGAGCAACUCCAAGUCCAAGAAGAGCAAGAACCGCUUCCUCAGCCAAGUCAAAGAUUGGUUCACCACUGGAGAGCCAAGUGCUCAAGACUGGAAGCAGUUGAAGAAGCAGGAGUACCGAAAGCACGGAAUCGCCAUCAACGACCCUGAGGCUAGUGCGAAGCUCCACGCUCCCAUUGGCGCGAUUCCCGAGGAGGCCAUCAAACCGUCUAGCGGCCCUGAGCCCGAGGAGCUUGCCAAAAAGAGAGCCGUGAACCGGAAGCAGAUCCGCCGUUACGGCAGCUCUUUGAGAGAUUCCAGCUCGGUCUCUUCUGAAUCGUCGUCUGGCAGCCGGGAGGUCAACCCGAUCGCCCCGUGGGCGUAG